ACGACUCAUAAACAUACGAGCUGUUUAGCUAAAUAUAACAAAAUACUCCUCUACAGUAAUCCACAAGGCAUUUACACUAAUUUAGAAAUUACUAUAAAGAAUACGUAUUGAAUUUUCGGCGAAAAUGAGCACCUCCACGUUGUCGACUCCAGUGACCUCGAAGUCGGUGCUGGUCAAAUACAAGCGCUUGGACAAGGAGGCAGGGUCCCCACUUUUCGGAGUACUCGAUAAGUUUAGCAUUGCCGAGCAGGUGGAGGUGAGACGCAACUCCAGGCAGCUGCCCAAGUUGCUGGUGGCCACGUGGCGCGAGGCCUACACGUGUCUAGAUUUUCAAGAGUUUCAAAAGCAACUGAUCGGCGAGGCACUGCAGCAAUUUCUGCGCAAGAUGCGCCGCCAUUUCAGCAGCGUCCGCUUCAACAGCGACCAGCUGCAGGAGCAGCUCAAUCUAUUGGAGCGCUGUGGCAUCAACGAGCUGCCCGGCGUGCGCGAGUGCGAGAUCCGUUGGGAUAGCAGCAAGGACGAUAACUGUGCCAUGUGGCCGCUGCACUCGCUGCCCAAGCUGCUGACCCGUCUGCAUCGCCUGCAGCUGCACAUGCCCGUGCAGAUGGGUUUCAUUGAGCAGUUCAGUCAGCUGAAGCUAUUGGCGCUGCACGAGGAUGUGUCGCCGGAGGCAUUCGCUGCCAUUUGGAACAGCUGUGAGCGCUUGAAGUGCUUACAGAUUUUGGGGCGUGGCAAUGCAGAUUUAACCGGCAUCUCCAGAUGCACGAAACUACAGGAGUUGACGCUGACCGUGGCAGCCAUAGAUGCGAGCACCGCUGCGGAGAUUUGUCAGCUGCCACAACUGAAGUUCCUUGAGCUGCAACAGAAGGAGUCAAGCGCAGAGGCGACACUCGUUGCCAUGUCCUUGAUACUGAAUUGCCGUGCCAACGAUAUCAAAACAAUGCAGAUCAAUGGCAGCCACUUGGGCAGUGCGGAGUGGCUGUUCAGUCUGGAGCUGCAGCGCUGCAUGCGGCUGGACGGGCUCAUGCUGAUCGAUUGUCAAUUUGGUGCCAUGGAUGUGACCACACUGGGCAUGCUGCCGGUGCUCAGCUAUGCGGCAUUCUGUCAUUGCUCCAAUCUCAGCAAUGAACAGGCGGCGGCCUUUGUCAAUGCCUGUCCGGUGCUCACACAGCUCUACGUGAUCGGCUGCCCCCAACUGACGAUCCAGUUGCUAUACAGUCUAUUUAAUAUGCGUUGCAUAGAGCAGUUGGGUACUCCAGCCCUAGGACUGUAUUUGCAAGAGGGUGAGCCACUCCUCGAGGAAUUCAAGCUAAAUCAACCAGCAGACACUGGAAUUGCUGGAGACACCUUUGGAGGACAAUCAUGUGCAGCACGUGCAGUUCAUAUUUCUGCAACCCGAGUCCAGGCAGCAAUAAAUGUUUCUAGUCCGUUUUCAACCAAUAACCAUUUGCUUUCUCUGACCAAGCGACUGGCACAAUUUUCCGCCGACUUGUUGCUAAUUGGCCGCCCGCCAUGUGGCGAUUUGUCAAUGUGCCCGACUCCACGCAUGCGCCACGCAAUGUGGCCAUAUACACGCAACACGAUUUUCAACAACAAAAUUUGUCAUUGGCAACUUGCAGCGUUUUGGGCGGCCGUUUUGUCAGUGGCCAAUGUUGUGGAAUGCUAACAAAUUUGUGAACAUGCCACAGUUAGCAGCUCCAUGCUUAUGGCAACACUAUGCGUGUGUGUUUGUGUGUGUGUGUGUGUGUGUGUGUGGCCCACCCAUUGUUAUAAUUAUUGGGCGCCCAUGUACAAGUGACAAUUCAACUUUGACUGGCAUUUGUAGAGCACAAGCAGAGCAAACAAGCUGCAUGCAACAUGUGUUCAAAAGUUGUUUCGCUUGUCGAACGGGAAAUCAAACAACUGUUGAGUUACACUUGGAGCUGGCGCUGGGAACCCAAACUUAACAGGUAGACAGAUAGACAGUUGCGGAACUAUAGAUCUUCCAAUAAAAUUGUCCAGAAAUAUGGAUACAAAUAAUA